AUGCUGCGAGCGGCCCAGCAGCUUGGCAGGGCCUGCAGCACCAGCGCAGCGGCGCUAGAGGGGCCAAGAGCGCUGCGGGGAGCCACCCAGCUCUCGACCCUUAGCGGCUGGCGCGCUUUCAGCAGCGGCGAUGCGCCUAGCGAUGCAUCCGGCCCAUCGGCGGCAGAUUCCCCCUCGGAAGCCGCCCCCUCAGGCGGCAGCAGCAGCACCUCCAGGCCCUCGCGUCUGCAGACCAAGGAGUGGCGCUCCUGGAUAGACACAAAGCUUGACAGCACGCUUGGAGGCGGCUCCCCGGAAGAGCCAGCCGCAGCAGCAGCAGCCAGCCCAGCCGCGCCACCGGCAGACGUGGAGCAGCGGUCGCGGCGCGCGGUCGCCAUUGCAGACGCGCUGCAGGCGGCGGAGGCGCUGCCUGCCGAGGCAGCAGCAGAUGAGGCGGCGCCGCGCGGGCCGGCGCCGCGCGGGCAGCGCAAGGCCAAGGGCUUCGACCUGGAGCAGCAGAUUUAUAACAUCGUGGCGCCGUCGCGCCCGGUGGUGGAGGAUGCAACCCUCCCUGAGGGCGUGUCUAGUUAUGGGCAGCUGGCCAUGGCGGCCGACGCGCCGCGCUUUGAGCGGGGCGCCCACAACAUCGGCGACAUCUCCCCGCAGCGCAUCCACCCCACCCGCCUCUUCUUCCCGGAGCAAAUCUACGCCCCCGCGGAGCUGGAUCCAUACAAGGAGGCGGAGACGGCGCACGACUUUGACCAGAAGCCCCCGCCGGCCAUCAGCCCCUCCGAGGUCAGAGACCUGGCUGACUAUAAGAACGUGCCGCUGCUGGCGACCUUCCUGUCGGGCGCGGGCAAGCUGCCGCUGCGGCAGCGCACGCACCUGCGUGCCAAGCUGCACCGCCACCUGGCCCGCCAGGUCAAGAUAGCCCGCAUCAUGGCCAUCCUGCCCACCACCGAGCAGUGGAAGCCCUCCCAUGGCGCGCCGGUGUCGCAGCAGAAGAGCCGCCACAGCCACCAGCAACGGCGGCACUAG